CGUUGCAGCUGGGACCUCAGCGGAACUGGAGCUGCCUCGUAUCAGGAGUGGCUUGAUAACAAGCAAGGCUUCUUUGGGCUCCGAGAAGCUGUUUUCCCUUGCAGCAAAUAAAGGUCCAACCUUGAAUGACAAACCUGAAGCUAAAGCAGCGACCAUCCCAAAGGUGUCAGGGCUAGAGCGCAGCCGGGAACUGAGCACCGACGUGCCCUUCGUGCUGCCUAUUCCCAGCCCCCAGCCAGUUGCUGCUGUUGUGACUUCCACUUCUUCUGCACCCACGUCGAGCGCCAGGGCAAGCCCGCUGUUGAAGAAGGAGCCAGUGAUCUCAGCACCAGCACCGCCAAGACUCACACCCCAGCCACAGCCUCGACCGCAGUCACAACCUCAGCCUCGACCACAGUCUCAGCCUCAGCUCAUACCUGAGCUUCGGACCCAGCCUCAGAGUCACAUCCCUCCCCCUCUCAACUACCAAGUGCAUCACCAGGUGGCCCAGAACGGACUCAAUAUCAGCAGGAGCAGCAGCGCCAGCAGUGCAACAAGCAUCAGCUUGCCCAAACACCUUCCCCUCUCCCCCCAGAUCCCUCCUCACCACUCUUCUGGCCCGGCCCUGCCCCUCUCCAUCUCUAAUCUUGCUACCUCACACUUCCCUCUCAGAUCUCAGACCCAACACCAGCACCAUCCGGCCAUGUUUGCCACCCCACCCACGCUACCACCACCACCAGCGUUACCCACCAACAGCCUUGUGAUACCAGGACACCCUGCAGAUCAUGAGCUGCUCAGGCAAGAGCUGAACAACCGGUUUCUGGUUCAGAGUUCGGACCGGGCCGGUGCCUCUCUUGGCCCGGUGCCGUUGCUGAGGGCGGAGUUUCACCAGCACCAACACACCCACCAGCACCAACACACCCACCAGCACACAUUCACUCCUUUUCCAUCCAGCUUACCCCAGACGCCGCUCAUGCCACCCUCUGCACCUCCCAUGGUGCGUACCCCAGCCCAAAAUUUUGACAAGUACGCUCCCAAAUUGGACAACCCUUACUUUCGACAUUCCAACUUCUUUCCAACCUAUCCUCCGGCAAUGCCUGGAAUGCCUCCGAUGCUUCCACACUCAGGACCUUUUGGGUCACUUCAGGGAGCAUUUCAACCCAAGACUUCAAAUCCAAUUGAUGUAGCAGGUAGACCUGGCACAGUCCACCACACUCUUCUGCAGAAGACUCCGGGGGUGUCUGACCCCUAUAGACCUCCAGUAAGAAAACCUGGGAAGUGGUGUGCAGUUCAUGUACAGAUUGCCUGGCAGAUCUACCAUCACCAGCAGAAGAUAAAGUACCUCCUGUGGAAUAUGGAGUAUUAUCCUAUUCAGAAUGAAAUGACCGAUACGGUGAAGGACAUUUUACAAAACAUAGAGCAGCAGAUGCAGCUGGAUCCCCACAAGCUAGACAUAGGCGGUAAACUUGACCUGUUCAGCAGACCUCCUGCCCCUGGAAUUUUUCCAGGAUUCCAUUACCCACAAGACCUUGCCAGGCCUCUGUUUUCCACGACAGGUGCUGCACAUCCAGCCACCACCCCUUUUGGACCCUCACCUCAUCACAGCAGCUUCCUGCCUACUAGCCAUUUGGCAGGUAAGUAUCCAUUUAGCAGGUCAAGCACCUUCAGCGGCCUUGGGAACUUAGGCAGCAAUGCCUUUGGAGGAUUAGGCAGUCAUGCUCUGACUCACAACAGCAUUUUUGCUCACAAAGACGGUCCAAACCUACAGAGCUUUAAUAAUCCCCACGAGCCAUGGAACAGACUCCAUCGAACCCCACCUUCCUUCCCGACGCCUCCACAGUGGCCUAAGCCGGGGGAUUCCGAACGGAGCUCUUCAGUAACCAACCAUGACAGAGACCGGGAGCGGGAGUCAGAGAAGAGGGAUCUUUCGCUGAAUAAAGACGACAGAGAGAAAGAGAGGGAUCUCUUGGAUAAAAACAGACAUUCAAAUAGAUCCUCACCGGCAUCAGCUCCUGUGACCCAUCAGAUCAGCAACCUCAUCCGCAACAACACUCAGACCUCCAGCGAUCCCAUCAGGCAAGUUAGCAUUGGUGAAAGGGACAGGUCCAAAGAACCAGAGAGAGAGCACCCUGACCGACUGAGAGAGCCGCCCAUAACAGAACACAAGAUAAAAGAGAGCCGUUCCCCCGUGAAGGAAACUCCAAGCCAUGAUAAGAGACCCUCCGAGGACAACACAAAGCCAGUAAUUCAGUCUGUAUCUCCCUACAGCAAACCUGCACUAAGCGAGAGCUUGAAACUUAGCAAUUUAAUGAACAAAGAUAUAGAGAGAAAGUCAGAGCUUCCAAGUGAUCUCCAGAAGAUUAAGAAUGACAUCAAGGUCAAAGAGGAGCGCAAGGAGGACAGUGAUGUGCUGGUGGUGGGAUCUGAACCUUCACAGCAUUCCAGAACAGUGGAACAUCCGCCACCACCUUCUUUGCAUGGAUUACCGUUGCCCCAUUCUAUGGCCGCCACAAUGCCUCUCUCCAUGAGUAGCGUUCACCAGAUGAACAACAUGAAUGUUCUAGACCGCAGCAGAAUGAUGACCCCUCUCAUGGGCAUGAAUCCUUUGUCAGGAAGAGAGAGACUGCCACAUCCUGGAUUUUCUUGGGACCCAGUGAGGGACCCAUUGAGAGAUGCCUACCGGAGCUUAGACUUGCAUCGUCGAAUGGACUUCCAGCUCCGGACAGAUCCCAUCCACAGGUUCCCUACCGCUUCUGGAUUUUAUGACCAUGAGCGUUCUUACAGAGACAGAGAACCGCACGACUAUAACCAUGAAAACCUUCUUGAAGCCCGCCGAGAGCAGGAGCGGUUGCGGCAAGUGGAGGAGAGGGAGCGCUUGCACUUACGGGAAGAACUUGAACGUGCCAGAAUGCACCACCUGCACUCGUCCCCUAUCGAAAGUCAUCUGGCACACAUGCCACCGUUCAUGCCUCACUUAAGCGGGAUGCAUUACCCCAGACUCAGUCCAUCCACUGCCAUGCACAAUGGAAUUUUAAAUAGGAACCCACCAACCGCAGCAUUGAGUGCCCCGCCCCCUUUGGUACCAGCAAGCAGUACUAGACCUGCCUCCCCACGCAGGACUACCCCACUCACAAACUCAGAGUCCAGGGACUAUUCCCCCUCUAGGAACCCCAAAGAAGUAGAGGCACGAUAGUCCCCAACAGGGUGAAUUUUAAACUUGGCUGUAUAUAGAACAACAAAAAUCUUUUACAAAAUGCACUGCUGUAACCUUUUUUUUUUAAUGUAAAAUUUAUAGAAGUUAAGCACAGUUCCAUAAAUAAUGGGAUAUGGGGUUUCAAACUUUCCAACAAGAAGGUUGCUAAGAAUGGGAAUUUAAUAUAUAUAGGUAUUGAUUUUUUUUUGUUUCUGUGCUAAAAUUAGUUAUGAAAAAUAUCAAGUUUGUACAUUUUUUCCCAAAUGUGAGAAACAUUUUUAAUGGAUUUGUAAUUUUUUUAAUUUUGUGCUCUUUAUUCACUUAAAAAAAGAGAAAUUUUGCUUUUAGUUAAAUUUGCAUUUAAAAUGCCUCAGAUCCUUAAGAAAAUGACCCAGGGUUUCUUAAAGUAUUAUUUAUGGAUAUACUGUAGUUUCUUACAGUCCACUGUGAGGUUCCCUAACUGAGGCCAAUUGAUCACUUAUCUUGGUACUUUGGAACCGAAGUUACAGAUAUAUAUUAAAAUAUUAUUAUUAAUAAUAAUAAUGUACAAAACUGUUUGGUUUUUGCCUUAUAAUAUUAUGCAGAAAUUUAAGAGGAAUUUUUUUUGACUUCUUGUUUUAAACAAAACAAACAAAGAAAACAAACUGUAAAUAUUCUGUUAAUAUAAAUGUACACCAAUAUUAAAUUCUUAACAUAGGUAGACUUUAUAAAAAAAAAAAAAAAAAAAAGGUUUCUAGAACCACUCUGGUUAUUUGUUAACAUGGUUACAACUCAUUCUUGUCACAGUCAGAAAUACACACUCAGUGCAGCAUAUAUACUUCUACUAUGCAAGAACUUGGAGGCAGGUCUUACUGGAUGUUGGGGGGAGGAAGAUUUAAAAAAUAAAAUAAAAACCCCAAAAAAACAAAACAACUUGCAACUCUGGAGACAGAAUGGAAAUGGCAUGUGAACAGAAAGAAGGAUGCUUGUGUUUAACAAAAAAAAAAAAAAAAAAGACUGCAUUUUUUUU